ACAGAAAGAAAAGUAAAGUGAUCGCAGCAAAAGCAGAGAAGACACGAUGGUCGACGUGGACGGUGCAACCUCGGAGUCGCCGAAGCGCCAUCCCAGCGGCUUGCUGCUCACCCUAUCGUCGAUUCUGGCUCUGAUAUCCAAGCGAGCAGGCCGCAUGGGUGGGAGCAAGCCCAAGCCCAAGCCCAAGCCCAAGGCCUCCGAUGAGACCGACUUGAGAGUGGAUCCCAACAAGCCCAAGUCGCGGCCCAAGAAGCUUCUGAGCAACAUAAGCAGCAAAGCCUUCCACAAGAAGAGUCCCAAUCCCAAAGAAGAGAAAGAGAGCGCCGAAGCCUGGGGAAACGGCGGCGUUUGGCAGAAGGAGAUUCUCAUGGGUGACAAGUGCGAGCCCUUGGAUUUCUCCGGCGUUAUUUAUUACGAUGGCAACGGCAAACAGCUCAGCCAAAUCCCUCUCAGGUCGCCACGUGCCAGUCCCUUGCCCGGUUACCUCACGCGCCGCCCUCUCAAAUGAAUCACUUCCCUUCGCACGUGUCACUUUUUUCUUUUUCUUUUUUUAUUUUUUUUUAAUUUUCAUAUUGCUGCUUCUGCUUGUUUUGUUUGUUGGAAACAUUUUAUUUGUACAGUGUCUGUGUGAGAGCCUCCUUAAUUAGUCACAAUCAAAUUUUAAUUACUUCCCUUCACGA